AGUACAAUAUCAAGAUCAAACCACUGCAGGCUAAGGAUAUCCUGAAGAGCGCAGCUACGGUGGAUGAGCUGAAGGCAUCUGUAGGCAACAUUGCACUUUCUCCAUCCCCUGUGAGGAAAAGUCCGGUAAGAAAUAUAUAUAUAUAUUUUUUUUUUGCUUACAAACUUUUAAUACAGUCUUGAUUUGUGUUCUCUGCUUUCCUGGCACCUGUUCUGCAUGUCUCUGGAAGUAGAAUGUAAAGACAAAUAACAAAUCUGACAGUUCUGGAAGGCGUGAUGUUCCUUGCUAUCUUUCACCCUUGGGUUUAACUUGGUGGGUGGAGCAGGGAGUCCAGAGAGGCAGUUGUGCCCCAUCCCUGCAGACACCCAAGGUCAGAGAUGGGACUCUGGAGCUGUGGGUGUCCCUGUUCAUUGUGGGGAGUGGGACCAGAUGGCCUUCAAAGGUCUCCAUCUCAAACAGCUAUGUGAUUCUAUGGAUAAGAGCCUGGUUGUGUUUCCUGGAGAUGUGUGUAGUCCUUGUGCUCUGUGGUAAGGCUGUGGCUGGUGUUGGAUGAGAUGUGCAAGGGUGCAACUUUCCCUGAGCAAGUUUUACACGCAUCCUUGUGCACCAGCAUGUAGUGUUAGGCAGGAAAGUGCAUCUGUGUUUUGUGACCACAAUGCUACUGCGUGCAGCUGUGGUGUUGUCCUCAUAAGGACUUGGUGUGAGGCCAUUCUGAGCCCAAAAUGGGCAAAUUUCCUCUGUCCAGGGGUGCUGGGCUCCACUUGUGCUCCACUGCAGGAGCUGACCCAGGGCAUCAGGAUCUAAGGGGUUUAGAUGCCAAAAUAUUCAUCCCUGAGAGCAUCAGAAGGGCAGGUGUGAGACGUGCUGUGUGCCUGGCUUCUGGGGUCUGUGCCUACCAGCACUGCAGCACAGAGGAACCCCAAAACACCCUGAGGGCAGCUCUGCAUGCACCACCCUCGUUGCAGUCAGAGAUGGCCAUGCAUCAGCAUGGAGCUGCUUGAAGAACUGGGGGAAGAGCAUCCCAAGGGCCCCAAGCCUGAGUUCCCAAGCAGGGAUGCUCCCUGUCCCUGGGAUGCCAGUUCAGGCACGGUGCCACACUGGUGCUGACGCAUCCCUCUCUGACCAGGUGUCUGUUCUCUCUCCCUUCUCGCUGACCGCAGCGGCGCAGCCCGGGGAUGAUUAAGAGGAAUUUAUCCAGUGAGGAGAUCGCACGGCCCCGGCGCUCCACACCCACGCCAGAACCCAGCAGCAGGAAGCCCCUGGAGGACCCAGCCACACUGGCACCGCUCUUUGGGCCCCCGCUGGAGUCAGCAUUUGAGGAGCAGAAGCUGGACGCUCCUCUGGACCAGCCUGAGAUCUGGGGCUCCUUCCAGCCCAACAGCACUGAGUCCCCAAAGCUGCAGAGACCUUUUCCAAUUGGAACUCCGCCACCACUGCCUCCCAAGAACGUCCCGGCCACGCCGCCCCGCACCGCAUCACCCCUGACAGUGGCACCAGGAGGUGACCAGCCAGCCACGGAGGCCAAAAGUGACAAACCACCAUCAAUCAAUGACUUGGACAGCAUUUUUGGCCCCGUGCUAUCCCCCAAGUCUGUGGCUGCUCACGCGGAAAACAAGUGGGUCAAUUUUUCCGAUCCAUCCCCGGAAAACACGACGGCGGUGCCGAGGCCCCGGGAGCCAGCAGCAUCCCCCCCGGUGGCAGUGGGCAGCCCGGGGGCCGAGCCGCCCCGUGCCCUGCCCUCCCCGCUGCGCCUGGACGAGCUGCAGAAGAAGGCUUUGGAGCAGCCCUACGCAAAAGAGGAGAACACGGAGCCAGCGGUCGCCUCACCCAAGGAAUUUGGGCUGGGACAAAGAGCCACCCCGCCGCCCCCUCCGCCGCCCACCUACCGUACAGUCGUGUCAUCCCCCGGGCCGGGUGCCAGCAGCGGAGCAGGAAGCCCCAGCGGCUCCUCGUCCCCAGCUCGCCCUGGCACACCACUGGCCGCCUGCAGCACCCCACCACCCCCACCACCACGGCCCCCAUCCCGGCCCAAGCUGCCCCCUGGCAAGCCCUCCGUCGCAGACCUGUCCAGGCCUUUUAGCCCUCCUAUUCACUCAUCCAGUCCUCCUCCGAUAGCACCUUUAGCCCGUGCUGAAAGUACUUCUUCCAUAUCUUCCACCAAUUCCCUGAGCGCAGCCACCACUCCCACAGUUGAGAAUGAACAGCCUUCCCUCGUUUGGUUUGACAGAGGAAAGUUUUAUUUGACUUUCGAAGGGUCGUCACGGGGCCCCAGCCCGCUCACCAUGGGGGCACAGGACACCCUGCCCGUCGCUGCCGCCUUCACUGAGACCGUCAAUGCUUACUUCAAGGGAGCCGACCCCAGCAAGUGCAUCGUGAAGAUCACGGGGGAGAUGGUGCUGUCCUUCCCGGCAGGCAUCACCCGACACUUUGCCAACAACCCCUCUCCGGCAGUGCUCACCUUCCGAGUGCUCAACUACAACCGGCUGGAGCACGUCCUGCCAAACCCCCAGCUCCUCUGCUGUGACAGCACGCAGAGCGAUGCCAGCACGAAGGAGUUCUGGGUCAACAUGCCAAACCUGAUGACGCACCUCAAGAAGGUAUCGGAGCAGAAACCACAAGCAACCUAUUACAAUGUGGAUAUGCUCAAGUACCAGGUAUCUGCCCAGGGUAUUCAGUCUACUCCAUUAAACCUUGCAGUGAGCUGGCGGUGUGAACCUGCAAGCACUGACCUCCGCAUCGACUACAAAUACAAUACAGAGGCAAUGACCACACCGGUAGCUCUAAACAACGUCCAGUUCCUCGUCCCCGUUGAUGGAGGAGUAACCAAGCUGCAGGCUGUGCUCCCACCCGCUGUCUGGAACGCAGAGCAGCAGAGGAUAUUGUGGAAGAUCCCUGAUAUCUCUCAGAAGUCGGAGAAUGGAGGCGUGGGCUCGCUGCUGGCCCGCUUCCAGCUGGCGGAGGGGCCCAGCUCCCCAGCCCCCCUGGCCGUGCAGUUCACCAGCGAGGGCAGCACGCUCUCCAGCUGUGACAUCGAGCUCGUCGGUGCCGGCUACCGCUUCUCGCUCAUCAAGAAGAGGUUCGCGGCAGGUAAAUACUUGGCCGAUAACUGAAGGAAACACGUUUAAAAUAACCAAGGACUACUGUGAGCGGAACGGGUUUUAAUUACAGCUUAAGGAAAACGAACUAAAUCCUGCACUUGGGACAUUUCUCUUGGAAGUGUCGAUGACUUUCAGAAUUUUUCCUCAGAAAACACCGUCUUGACCAGUCCUACAGUAUUUACUUCUAGAUGUAACAUUGUUAAUGGUUUUAAAAUGUAAUUAUUGUAUUUGUAAAUUGUACUCAUUCCAGUAAGGCCGUAUUUUGGAAGUUAGACACUUGAGUUUUAGCCUUUUACCAUUCAUGAAAUGGAUGUAAUUUAAACCGUGGUAUAUAAAUUUAAUAGUAGUACUGUUGAAUGGCACAAUGCUUACAGAGGUAGAUUACAUUUUGUCAAUAUAUACGAUUUAAAUUCGGUGCAGAUAGCUGAUAUGGGGGGUGCCUCACCGAGGGAGCUCCUUCACUCCCCUCCUGCCCACAGCGUGUCUCAUGGCGGUGAAUAAAGCUCUCCAUCUUCAGGUUCAGCUGCUUGACGUGCAGAGCAGUGUUUCUGUGCAGGUGGAGCUCACAGCUCACAGUUUUGGGGAUGCAUCCCCAAAGCAGGCUCCGGAUUUUUGGUUGCGUUUCCGCCAUCCUUUGCUUGCUUCUUCUAUUCAUUUCCUCCGCUUUCUGAAAGCCCCGCAGGUUUAGGAAGUGCUGUAAGGGUGUGCAGCCCCGUGCUUUUCCUUCUUACCCAUUAGGCAGGGAAAAAUGAUAUCUCUAUACAGAAAUACUGAGAAAUGAAGGCAGCACGACCUGACCCUGCCAAAAGCAGCAGCACUGGGAGCAGCUGUUUCAUGGAGAUGGGAAAACCUUCAAGAGCUGUGCAGGGGUGGAGAGCUCUUUCAAUGGGGAGCAAAGGAGAAGACAGCAAGCCGUGCCCAACCUAAAGGAAAAUGGGAAUGACUGGAGCUGCUUCAGCUCUGGGAUGGCUCCUGGUUUGGGAUGUGUGCUGCAGGAUGGGCGCUCUGUGUGCACGAUCAUACAAAGUAUGAAUGCAGGAGGAAAGCACGACUCGGUUAUACCCAAAUCCAUACAGAUUUGGAAGCAAACCCGCCGGCACUCCUGGAUGGAGCGCCCUGCCCUGCCCAGCUAUUUGCUCCCCUCUGACAUGGAAAUACGUACCAAUGAUGUGAGCCACCCCUUCCUGACAGAGGGCAGAACCUGAAGCUUCUGCCCCAUCAGUUCAUGCUGUGUACAAUUGUUAUAAACUCAUGCUUCCAGAGGACACCUAUGCCAUAGUCCCGAAAAUAGGGAUUUUAUAGUGUAAAUAUGACCAGAACAUAGAUAUUUUACUUUAUAUUUCAUUUGAAAGACAAGCUGUUUACAUUAGCAUUGGGAUUUUAAAUGCUUUUUAAGGAAAAAAAGAGGAAAACCAAAUAACCCAAAGCUCAGCCCAGCUCUCCUCCUCCCGGUGCCGCUCACUGCUGGGACCCAAACGGGUGCUGUGGGUCAGGUCCUCCUCAUGGUGGUGUUGCCAAUGCCUCGCACAGGGUUUGGGUUCAUUCUUAGCUGCUGCCUCCCCAUUGAAUGCUGCUCCUGUGUUCUGCUGUAGGGCUGCUGUGCGCUCAUCCCUUAGCUCUGCUUCUUUACAAACCUUCAUUUUGAAGCAUACUGUGACCGAAAACGAUGGCAUUUGAGGAGACACCCGAGGUCAGGGAUGGGGCUCUGAGCACCUGUGGGGCUGUGGGUGUUCUGCUCAGUGCAGGGAGUGGGACCAGGUGGCCUUUGAGGAUCCCUUCCAGCUCAAGCGAUUCUUUCUAUGAACAUCACUGCAUUGCACGUUCCCUACAGAAAAAAUCACGGUCUUAAAGACUUCAUUUCAUCACCAGAAUUACUCUUUUCUUCUUCCCUCUCACAAACUGGCAAGGAAAGGAAUCCUUGUAGAGCUGAGGACUCCUAUGGCUGCAGUUGUUCUCAGCCCUGUUUCACUGCAAGGAGAGACAAAGCCCUGUAGGAACAGCUGGGCCCUGGCAGCUUUACAGGCACUUGGAGCACCUUAUUGCUCUGUUAGACUUCUCUCUCUUGACGUGCAGGAGGUCACCGUGGGAAUGCCAUGCUAGAAUCCUGCCCAUAACCCAUGUAGGGGUAUCUGAAACCCACCCCUUUCUCCCAGCUCCAGCUCCAUCCAGAGUGCUCUGGGGCCGAUGAAGAUGCCCAGCUGCUUUGGUGGUGUGUGCGUGUCCAUAAGGGAGUGGUGAUUUGGGAUGGGAAUGGCAUCAGGGCAGUGGGGGACGUGGGGCUGCUGAGCUCAGAGGGACCCCCAGCCUCCAAUUGGGAUCCCCAGGGCACGGCCCGCCAGAAGCUCUAUCGUUUUACGAAAUCCCUCGUGUAUAAAAUGUUUAUAAAUAUUUGUGGAUGAAGAGACACAGGUCUAUUUUUAAGAUUUAAGUUAAAUAAGUUAACAAAUGGCUGGCCUUUUUUGCCUCGACGUGCAAUGGGAUCUAUUAUACCUUUAGUCUCCGAUGGCCUAGGUACUGCUUAGUCUGUGAUGAAAACUUUGCUGCUUACCCAAUGUUCUCAGAGAAGAGCUGUAAGAGACGUACAGGUUUGUUGCACACGGACUACUGCAGCAAAGCUCUGUGUUUGACCACUGGUAAUAUGAAUGUGUUGUAUUGACUUGUCGAAGAUAAUCAUGAGACAACAUAUUUUAAAUGUUACUUGCCUUAUAGAUUAGGAUACGGAUACGUGGAUAUCAUUUUUGUAAAUAAUGUUUUUUAUAAAUGUCUUUCCUCCAUUCUCCCCAUCAUCCACUCCACCAAAUCUCGAAUAUGCAAUUAUUGACCACGCAAAAUAUUGCAACAAAUAAACCCCCACGUCAGAACAAAGUUUAUUAAUCCUAUACAUGAGAACCACAUGAAACACCCCCUUAAGUUGCAAUUUAAAUGUGAUUUUUUUUUCCCCCCUUGAAAAUAAACAGAACCCCGAAAACAGA